CAUAAAAUUAAAAAAUUAAAACAAAACACAGGGACAGAGAGUUCCCCAUUUUAAUUUUCUGCACCCAAAACCCCAAGGAAAAAAGAAGGAACUCCUCAAAAUCCCAAUUGAAUUGAUGGCCCCCACUUCCGAGGAUCAAAUAGCUUCCCAGUAAAUUCGUUCUUGAUCUCUCCUUUUUCUUUUUGACUUUGACUCCCUUUCUUACACAAGAUGGAAGAAGAGUCGGGUAAUAUUGGGCUAGUGCGAGAUGUUGAUGUCAGUAUAACUCUGGAGAGUGAGAGUGACAGGGGAGAACUAGUUACCCAAAACAUAGAAGAAACUGAUGGAAGGAAAGAAUUUGUUGCUCCUGCUGUUGGAAUGGAGUUUGAGUCAUAUGAUGAUGCAUACAACUAUUAUAAUUGUUAUGCCAAGGAAGUGGGCUUUCGUGUCAGAGUGAAAAAUUCAUGGUUUAAGCGGAAUAGUAAGGAGAAGUAUGGUGCUGUACUUUGUUGCAGUAGCCAGGGCUUUAAAAGAAUCAAAGAUGUGAAUCGUUUGAGGAAGGAGACCCGUACUGGGUGUCCAGCGAUGGUCAGAAUGAGACUGGUGGACUCAAGAAGAUGGAGGAUUCUCGAAGUCACACUUGAACACAACCAUUUGUUGGGACAAAAAAUGUACAAGACGAUCAAGACGGUUGAGGCUGAUACAAAGAGGAAGUCUCUCGUCAGUUCUAAUGCUGAGGGACAUACAAUUAAGUUAUACAAGGCAGUUUUCAUAGAUAGUAGUGAUACUGGAUACCUAAAUACUGGUUCAAAAGAAACCCACAGUUUCUCUAAUCAUCCUAAUCAGCUGCACCUCAAGAAAGGUGAUGCACAGGCCAUUUAUAAUUAUCUAUGUCGUAUGCAAUUGACUAAUCCAAACUUCUUUUACUUGAUGGAUUUCAACGAUGAAGGGUGUAUUAAACAUGUCUUCUGGAUUGAUGCAAGGUCUAGGGCUGCAUGUGGUUACUUUGGUGAUGUCAUUUUCUUGGAUAACUGUUACUUAGCUAACAAAUAUGAAAUCCCCUUAGUGGUGUUUGUUGGAGCGAAUCACCAUGGGCAAACUGUGUUAUUGGGUUGUGGUCUGCUUGCUGGAGAGACAACAGAGUCGUACACAUGGUUACUAAAAACAUGGCUCAAAUGUAUGUCAGGUCACUCCCCACAAACCAUAAUUACAGAUAGGUCUCAGACUUUGCGAAAUGCAAUUACUGAGGUAUUCCCUAGAUCGCUUCACCGUUAUGGUAUUUCACUUAUUAUGAGAAAGGUCCCUGAAAAUUUGGGAGGAUUGCGCAACUAUGAUGCAAUUAGGAAAACAUUUACUAAAGCAGUCUAUGAAACCUUAAAGGUGGGUGAAUUUGAGGCUGCUUGGGGACUUAUGGUUCAGCAAUUUGGAAUCUCUAAUCAUGAAUGGCUUCGAUCUUUGUAUGAAGAUCGAGCUCGAUGGGCACCUGUCUACUUGAAAGAUACCUUCUUUGCUGGUAUGUCAACAGCACAGCCUGCUGAUAUUCUGCAUCCAUUUUUUGAGAAAUAUGUACAUAAACAAACACCCUUAAAAGAAUUUCUCGACAAGUAUGAGUUAGCAUUACAUAAGAAGCACAAGGAAGAAACCCUAUCUGACAUCGAGUCAAGAAAUUCAAGCUCUCUGCUGAAAACAAGGUGCUCUUUCGAACAGCAACUGUCCAAGAUCUACACAAAAGAAAUAUUCCUAAAAUUCCAGCUCGAGGUGGAGGAGAUGUAUUCCUGUUUUAGCACGACGCAGCUCCAUGUUGAUGGGCCAUACAUUAUAUUCUUGGUGAAGGAGCGUUUUCUUGGUGAAGGCAACAGGAGAGAGAUUCGAGAUUAUGAAGUGUACUACAAUAGAGGAUCAGCAGAAGUUCGCUGUAUCUGCAGCUGUUUCAACUUUAAUGGCUACCUCUGUCGACAUGCAUUAUGUGUGCUUAACUUUAAUGGGGUAGAGGAGAUCCCUGUAAAAUAUAUAUUAUCAAGAUGGAAAAAGGACUACAAACGCUUGUGUGUCCUAGAUCAUGCUAACAGUAAUAUAGAUAUUAAUGAUCGGAUUCAAUGGUCUGGUCAGUUGUAUCGAAGUGCAUUACGAGUUGUGGAGGAAGGGGUUAUCUCUUUAGACCAUUAUAGUAGCGCUUCACAAGCCUUUGAGGAGUCAUUGAACAGAGUCCAUAAUGUAGAGGAGAAACAUGAGACAUGAGUAGCAUAAAAAUGUAGCUAUUGAAAAAUUUGUUUAUAAUUGUUAGGGUUCUUGUAUAUAAUUGUAUUCUUUUUCCCUUCAA